CUAGCUGGGCAAAAUGUUCCACCGCCCGGGUCUGGUAACUGGCGGGAUAUCAAAGACUGGCACAUCGGGCAGGACUCCGGGCAGCGGCACAUUGGGCUGGACUCCCGGGCAGCGGCACAUCGGGCUGGACUCCGGGCAGCGGCACAUCGGGCAGGACUCCGGGCAGCGGCACAUCGGGCAGGACUCCGAGCAGCGGCACAUCGAGCAGGACACCGGAUCACCAGGCGGAGCAGCAGGCUCCGGGCCACCAGGCGGAGCAGCAGGCACCGGGCCACCAGGCGGAGCAGCAGGCACCGGACCACCAGGCGGAGCGGCAGGCACCGGGCCACCAGGCGGAGCGACAGGCAUCGGGCCCCCAGGAGGGGCGACAGGCAUCGGGCCCCCAGGAGGGGCGGCAAGCACCGGGCCCCCAGGAGGAGCGACGGGCCCCCAGGCGGAGCGGCGGGCGCCGGACCCCCAGGAGGGACGGCAGGCACCGGGCCCCCAGGCGGAGCGGCGGGCACCG